AUGGGCGACAAAAAGCGCAAGAACGACCCCGAGGACGCGGUCCUCCCCGAGGGCAAAAAGGCCAAGCGGGAGUCCAAGAAGGAAAAGAAGGAGAAGCGCAAGGCGGAGGAGGUCGCUGAUGCUGUGACGCCUGCAGAGGUUCCUGUCCAGAACGGGGAGGCCGAAAAGAAGGAGAAGAAGGAGAAAAAGGACAAGAAAGAGAAGAAGGAAAAGAAGGACAAGGAAGAGAAGAAGGAGAAGAAAGACAAGAAGGAAAAGAAGGAGAAGAAAGAAAAGAAGAAGAAGCAAGAUGAGGCCAGCGACGACCAGUCCGCCGAAACCAGCGCUGCAGAGCAGCCGUCCGCGGACGCCAUGGACGUGGACGUAACGCCCGCUGCAGAGACCGCACAGCCGGCAACAAACGGCGCGGACGGAGCGACGAACGACAAGAAGUCCAAGAAGGACAAGAAGGCGAAAAAGGAAAAGAAGGCCAAGGCGGCCGACAGCGAGGCGCCCGAGGAACAAACGGCUGAGGACAACGCCCAGAAGCAAAAGGGCGCGCGAUUCAUCUGCUUCGUCGGCAACCUGCCCUUCUCCGCCGACCACGAAUCGCUGACGAACCACUUUGCGAAAAUCCAACCGCUGUCGGUGCGUGUCGCGACGCAGCGGGACAAGCCGACCAAGUGUCGUGGGUUUGGAUUCGUCGAGUUCGACAACUACGACCGGAUGAAGACUUGUCUCAAGCUGUACCACCACUCGAUGUUUGAUGAUGGAAAGUAUCCGCCGCGACGGAUCAAUGUUGAGCUGACUGCUGGUGGCGGUGGAAAUACGGAAGCCCGCAAGGCGAAGAUCGAGGCCAAGAACAAGAAGCUGUACGAGGAGAGACAGCGCAACGCCAAGGAGCAGAAGAAGGAAAAGGAGAAGAAGAAACACGGCGAAGAAACUGGACAGGGUGAUUAUGCGGGUGUGCACCCUAGUCGCCUGGGCCGCAUGGCAUAG